AUGGAGGUGGAAGAUGUUAGAGCGGCUCCACCAGUUAACAUUAUAGUAGGUUCUCAUGUCUGGGUUGAAGAUCCAGCGGAAGCAUGGGUUGGUGGAGAAGUUCUCCGAAUUAGUGGUGAAGAAGUUCAUGUGCAUACCGAAAGUGGGAAAACGGUGGUUACAAAUAUCUCAAAAGUUUUCCCCGAGGAUACUGAAGCUCCUCCUGGAGGUGUAGAUGACAUGACAAAGCUGUCAUAUUUGCAUGAACCAGGAGUUCUGCAUAAUUUGGCAACCAGAUAUGAACUCAAUGAAAUCUAUACGUACACUGGAAAUAUUUUGAUUGCAGUAAACCCAUUUCAAAGGUUACCACAUUUGUAUGACGUACAUAUGAUGGAACAAUAUAAAGGAGCUGCAUUCGGGGAGUUAAGCCCUCAUGUUUUUGCAAUUGCGGAUGUUGCAUACAGAGCUAUGAUCAACGAAGGAAAGAGCAAUUCAAUUCUUGUAAGUGGAGAGAGUGGUGCUGGUAAAACAGAGACGACAAAGAUGCUUAUGCGAUAUCUUGCAUACCUUGGAGGUCGAUCUGGUGUAGAAGGGCGGACAGUUGAACAGCAAGUUCUAGAAUCCAAUCCAGUUCUUGAAGCAUUUGGAAAUGCCAAAACUGUCAGGAACAACAACUCUAGUCGUUUUGGUAAAUUUGUUGAAAUCCAAUUCGACAAGAAUGGGAGGAUAUCUGGGGCAGCUAUAAGAACUUAUUUGCUUGAAAGGUCUCGUGUUUGCCAAAUCUCAGAUCCUGAAAGAAACUAUCAUUGCUUUUACCUUCUUUGUGCCUCACCACCCGAGGAGAGAGAGAAGUUUAAGUUGGGAAACCCUAAACAAUUCCAUUACUUGAAUCAAUCCAGUUGCUAUGAGCUGGAUGGAAUAGAUGAUGGCCAGGAAUAUCUUGCAACCCGAAGGGCUAUGGAUGUAGUUGGAAUCAGUGAGGAAGAGCAGGAUGCAAUUUUUAUGGUGGUAGCUGCAAUUCUCCAUCUUGGGAAUGUUGAAUUUGCGAAAGGAGAGGAUAUUGACUCUUCUGUCAUAAAGGAUGAGAAGUCUAGAUUCCAUCUUAGUACGACAGCUGAGUUGCUUAAGUGUGAUCCUAAGAGCUUGGAAGAAGCUCUCAUUAAGCGUGUAAUGGUAACACCAGAAGAGAUCAUCACAAGGACUCUUGACCCUGUUUCUGCAUUGGCUAGCAGAGAUGCCCUAGCGAAAACUAUUUAUUCCCGUUUGUUUGACUGGCUUGUGGAGAAAAUUAACAUCUCAAUUGGUCAAGAUCCAAACUCAAAGUCAUUGAUCGGAGUUCUUGAUAUUUAUGGGUUUGAAAGCUUUAAGUUCAACAGUUUUGAGCAGUUCUGUAUCAAUUUUACCAAUGAGAAGUUGCAACAACAUUUCAAUCAGCAUGUCUUCAAGAUGGAACAAGAAGAAUAUACAAAAGAAGAAAUCAAUUGGAGCUACAUUGAGUUUGUUGAUAACCAAGAUGUGUUGGAUCUGAUUGAAAGGAAGUUAUACCAGACAUUCACAAAAAACAAGCGCUUUAUCAAACCUAAGCUUUCUCGUACUAGUUUUACCAUAUCUCACUAUGCAGGGGAGGUAACUUAUUUGGCUGAUCAGUUCCUUGAUAAAAACAAAGAUUAUGUGGUCGCAGAACACCAGGAUCUGUUGACAGCCUCCAAAUGCCCUUUUGUGGCAGGGCUAUUUCCUCCACUUCCAGAGGAAUCAUCCAAGUCAUCUAAAUUUUCAUCCAUUGGAUCACGCUUCAAGUUACAACUUCAAUCUUUGAUGGAGACCUUGAAUUCAACAGAACCUCACUAUAUCAGAUGUGUGAAGCCCAACAGUGUCCUCAAGCCUGCUAUUUUUGAGAACUUUAACAUAAUACAACAAUUACGCUGUGGUGGUGUUCUUGAGGCGAUUAGGAUCAGCUGUGCUGGAUAUCCUACCCGACGUACAUUUUAUGAGUUUCUUCACCGCUUUGGGGUUCUUGCUCCUGAAGCUUUGGAAGGAAACUGUGAGGAUAAGGUUGCAUGCCAAAUGAUCCUGGAUAAAAUGGGAUUGACUGGUUAUCAGAUAGGCAAGACAAAGGUCUUUCUAAGAGCUGGUCAGAUGGCCGAGUUGGAUGCAAGAAGAGCAGAGGUACUUGGACAUGCAGCCAGAACUAUACAAAGGCAAAUUCGUACACAUAUGGCACGCAAAGAGUUCAUUGCAUUACGCAAAGCUGCUAUUCAAUUGCAAUCUUAUUUGAGAGGUAUAUCUGCUCGUGAAGUUUUUGAGCAGCUGCGACAAGAAGCAGCAGCUGUCAAGAUACAGAAAUAUUUCCGGCGGUACAUUGCCAGGAAAUCCUACUUGACAGAACGGUUGUCUGCAAUCAAAAUACAGACAGGGUUGAGGGCAAUGACUGCCCGAAAUGAAUUCAGAUUCAGAAAGCAAACUAAGGCUGCAGUUAUUGUCCAGGCUCAUUUGCGUUGCCACAUAGCAUAUUCUUAUUAUAGGAGUCUCCAGAAAGCUGCCAUAGUUACUCAGUGUGGGUGGAGGAGCAGGGUUGCCCGAAGAGAGCUCAGAAAUCUCAAAAUGGCUGCAAGAGAAACAGGGGCCCUUAAGGAAGCUAAAGAUAAACUGGAAAAACGUGUGGAAGAACUUACAUGGCGCUUACAACUUGAGAAGCGAUUAAGGACUGAUUUGGAAGAGGAAAAAGCCCAAGAAACUGCUAAGUUGCAAGAAGCUUUGCAUGCAAUGCAAAUACAAGUAGAAGAAGCAAAUUCCAGAGCAAAUAGAGAACGAGAAGCAGCUCAGAAAGCUAUUCAAGAAGCACCUCCUGUCAUCAAGGAGACUCCUGUUAUAAUCCAAGACACUGAAAAAAUCGAUUCAUUAUCAGCUGAGGUGGAGAGUUUGAAGACCUUGCUGCUGUCAGAAAGGCAGGCGGUGGAAGAGGCCAAGAAAGCUUCUAUUGAUGCAGAGGCUAGAAAUGCAGAGCUGGUCAAACAACUUGAAGAUGCAAGCAGAAAAGUGGAUCAGCUCCAGGAAUCUGUACAGAGGCUUGAGGAGAAACUUUCUAACACAGAGUCCGAGAAUCAAGUACUUCGUCAACAAGCACUGACUAUGUCACCGACUGGGAAAUCUCUAUCUUCAAGACCGAGGACAAUGAUUAUUCAGAGGACACCAGAAAAUGGAAAUGUUCUAAAUGGAGAAUCAAAGGUCACAUCAGAUAUGACUCUUGCCGUAUCAAAUGCACGUGAACCUGAGUCGGAAGAAAAACCACAGAAAUCUCUCAAUGAAAAGCAGCUGGAGAACCAGGACUUGCUGGUCAAAUGUAUAUCACAGGAUUUGGGUUUUUUUGGGGGAAGGCCAAUUGCUGCUUGUGUCAUAUACAAAUGUCUUCUUCAUUGGAGGUCAUUUGAAGUGGAAAGGACUGGAAUUUUUGACCGUGUAAUUCAAACAAUAGCUUCAGCCAUAGAGGUCCCGGAUAAUAACGACGUAUUAGCCUAUUGGUUAUCUAAUACCUCAACUUUAUUGUUGCUGCUCCAACACACGCUUAAAGCAAGUGGAGCAGCUAGCUUGACACCACAACGGCGGAGAACAAGCUCAGCAUCUCUUUUUGGAAGGAUGUCUCAGGGGUUACGGGCUUCUCCUCAAAGUGCAGGACUCUCUUUUCUUAAUGGUCGAGGACUUGGUAGGUUGGAUGACCUACGGCAAGUUGAGGCCAAGUAUCCUGCGCUAUUGUUUAAGCAGCAGCUUACUGCCUUCCUUGAGAAGAUAUAUGGAAUGAUGAGAGACAAUUUAAAGAAGGAAAUCUCACCGUUACUCGGGUUAUGUAUCCAGGCACCUAGGACAUCACGGGCAAGUUUAGUAAAAGGACGUGCCCAAGCUAAUGCUGUCGCUCAGCAAGCUUUAAUUGCUCAUUGGCAAAGCAUUGUGAAAAGCUUGGACAGUUACUUGAAGACAAUGAAAGCAAAUUAUGUGCCUCCCUUCUUGGUCCGCAAGGUGUUCACUCAGAUAUUCUCAUUCAUCAAUGUUCAGCUAUUCAAUAGUCUUCUUUUGCGGCGGGAGUGUUGUUCGUUCAGUAAUGGGGAAUAUGUAAAAGCAGGUUUGGCUGAAUUAGAACAGUGGUGCUAUGGGGCAAGCGAGGAAUAUGCAGGCUCAGCUUGGGAUGAAUUGAAGCAUAUUAGGCAGGCUGUUGGAUUCCUAGUUAUACAUCAGAAACCGAAGAAGACCUUGAAUGAAAUAACAAAAGAACUCUGCCCUGUUCUUAGCAUACAGCAGUUGUACAGGAUCAGUACAAUGUACUGGGAUGACAAAUAUGGUACACACAGUGUGUCUUCAGAUGUUAUUUCAAGCAUGAGAGUUUUGAUGACUGAGGACUCAAACAAUGCUGUAAGCAGCUCUUUCCUAUUAGACGAUGACUCAAGCAUACCAUUCUCGGUGGACGACAUCUCCAAGUCAAUGCAACAAGUAGAUAUAACCGACAUCGAACCUCCACCAUUGAUUCGCGAACACUCUGGGUUUGGCUUCUUACUCCCCCGCUCCGAAUGA